AUGCAGGCCACUCAUCGAGUGAGACAGGCAGGUUUCUCUCUCAUGGAAAUCAAUUUUGGCGGCUUCUCACUCGGAGAACUGAAGCAUGAUGGCUUCUCGGCAGUGGAGCUGAUGGAGGCUGGCUUCUCAGCUGCCCAGUUGAAGGAGGCAGGUUACACACCUACUGAGCCGGAAAUGGCAGGGCUCUCCAGCAAGGAGAUUGGGGCUGCCGGCUUCUCACUCGAAACGCUGAGAGACGCGGGUUUUUCAAUUGUGAAGUUUAUGCAGGCAGGCAUCCAUCUCACUCUCGAUCAAUAUUCUCUUCCCGCUCCCCGAGUUCCGGGAGGCGGGCUUCACAUAUGA